AGAGAAGAAGACUCUUUAGAUUCUCUCUACCAUGGAUCACUCUAUCUCACCGGAGUACAAUUUUCCGGCGAUCACUCGCUGUCAUUUAACCAAUUCACUUCCUCCAUCAGCACCGCCGCCUUCAGCCGAUAUCCACCGCUUCUACAAUUCUCUUUCCCCAUCAGCACCAAGCGUUCCGGUUACGCCGGAGAUGGAGUCUAUGGAAGCAGUGGAGAAGAUUCUAGACUACAAAUUCAAGAACAAGAGUCUUCUCAAGGAAGCGAUUACACACACCUCAUGUACGGACUUUCCCUCUUACGAGAGGCUUGAGUUUGUAGGCGAUAGUGCUAUUGGUUUAGCUAUCUCGAAUUACCUAUACCUAACUUACCCUAGCCUUGAACCACACCAAUUGUCUCUUUUGAGAGCAGCUAAUGUUAGUACUGAGAAACUUGCUCGUGUCACUCUUAAUCACGGUCUCUAUCCAUUUCUUCGACGCAAUGCUCCUUCUUUAGAUGAAAAGGUUAAAGAAUUCUCAGAGGCGGUGGGGAAAGAAGAUGAUUUUUCAGUGGCAUAUGGUGGAUUAGUCAAAGCCCCUAAAGUUCUGGCUGAUCUUUUUGAGUCUGUAGCUGGAGCUGUUUAUGUUGAUGUUAACUUUGAUCUACAAAGACUAUGGGUGAUCUUUAGGGGUCUUUUGGAACCGAUAGUUACAUUGGACGAUUUGCAGAAGCAACCUCAACCUGUGUCUAUGCUUUUCAAAUUAUGUCAUAAACAUAAGAAGCGAAUCGACAUCAGGAAUUGGAAAGAUGGCAAUGUGAGUAUUGCUGAUAUCUAUCUUGAUGAUGAGUUUUUGGCUUCAGGGAGAGCUGAGAAUAAAGAUAUUGCAAGGCUGAUCGCUGCUAAGGAAGCGUUACGGAAGUUGUCAGAUGUUUUUCCCGUUGAAAUGGUUAUUGAUGAGGAUAGUGUAGACAUUGAACUUAAACAUGCUAAAACCAAGUUGAAUGAAAUUUGCUUAAAGAAAAAGUGGCCUAAGCCUAUCUACAGCGUUGAGGAAGAUAGAACCUCUGUACAGGGAAAGAGAUUUGUUUGCUCUGCUAAGAUUAAGAUCCCAACAAAAGAAACAUUGUAUAUGAAGGGAGAUGAACAGUCCAAGAUCAAGAAAGCAGAAAGCUCCUCAGCCUACCAUAUGAUUAGAGCAUUGAGAAAAUCACAUUAUCUCUAAUGGUCUUGUAUCGUUUGUAAAAUUAAAAAAAAAAUUAUUU